AGACAUCAAGGUUCUCGAGAUUAUUAAUAUAUCCAAGUGGGACGAAAAUUUGAAGCCUCUUGGGCCGGAUGAUCAAUAUCGAAGUCACAUACACACCGUAAUCCGGAAUUUAGCCCACCCGAACCGAAGCCCAUCCACCCGCACUUGCAUCCGCACCGACAUCCAAGGGUCUACGCCACGCAAUGAGUAGCUAUGCAAAUCGGGUCUGUCUGCGCUGCAGGCAACACAAGCGGAAAUGCGACAAACUGCUUCCGGUAUGCUCUUUGUGCAAGAGAUUGAACCGCGUCUGCUGUUAUACGGAACCACACGGAAUGGGAGAGGCCACAGAGGAUUUCGUAUCUAUCUCACUACCCGUGCCUGACUUGGGUCAGCUCACAUCGGCCAACCUCUCACACACGAUCAGGACACAAGUCUUGACUAUCAUUGGCGAUGAGAAUAGGAUUCGAGAGGCUGCGGCUACAUUCUUUCGGACUAUUCAUUCUUGGUUCCCUGUUGUAGCCGAAAACCUAUACUAUAAGCGUCUGUCUCAAGUUCAUGCCCAUGCUAGCCCAGGUGCGAGCUUGCUCACGCUCUGCAUGUUUCUUCUUGGCGUCAACCCCAUCGAUGGUGAAAUACCGCUCCACAUGCACUCUCUUUACAUACUAGUUAAGGGCUUCGUGGCGUCACUAGAGGCUGUCGGUACCAAUUCAUUGGAUAUGCUGCAGUGUCGACUCCUGCUUACUAUCUUCGAAGUGGGUCAUGGUAUGUACCCCGCGGCGUACAUCUCAAUGGGCGCCAAUGUGCGGGCCGCAGUGGCACUCGGGGCGAAUGUGGUUUCGCAGAGCCAAUUGAUAGAGAUAUUCAAGACACAAGAAAGAGCGGACGAGGCCCGAUGUACGUGGCGUGGCAUUGUGAUAACCGACCGAUAUGUCUCCUUGGAGAGUAACAAAGCGCCGAGCAUUCCCAAAGGCCUUUUAUCGGAAACAGUCGGCGGUAACAACGACUGUGAAAUCCAUGAACUCUCGGCAACGCCAUUUCAACCGGUGUAUCAGUUCAAGAAACUAGCCCAAGCCUCUCGUUUAUUAGAGCAAGUGCUUUCACACGUACAUGACCCAGUCCAGCAAAUGGAGUUCUUCAACGCCGAAGCUAUCCAGAUCCUAAAGACGCUAGGCUCAUUCAGAGGAACCGUACACGAUGAUUGUACCGUCCCGCAUAGCCUGUGGUACGGCCCAGAGGCUCUAUGUCGCAGCGCCUUGAUGACCAUUUUAGAAUUUGGCUAUACUCUCAAGGACCCGCCGAGCACGUCCUGUGUCACCGCCUCAUUUGCCCUUUUGGGGGAUGUGAUUCAGGAGCUGGUGGAUGGAUGCGAGACCCUCGUCGCCCAACGUACCCUCGUUGACCUGGAGGCUGUUCCCGUCUUUGCCGUCCAUUCUGUAUACAAGGCGGCUCAGGUGUUACUGGGUGUACUGAGGGGCAGUCCUCGGUUUGACUGCAGGAAGGCUGUUGGCGCUCUGAAAAUCCUGCUCCGAUGUAUGAGCACGCGAUGGUUGGCUGGGAAGCGGUACCUUGAAGAUCUGGAGAAGCAGAUAGAGGUGUAGAACAGUUGCAUCUACGCUUUAAUCUGGACACACUACGAAAGCAGGAUACACGACGUACGAAGACGACUACGUUGCGUGAAUUGAGGUAAUAUAUGUCCCAUUUACAGUUUUGUAGUAUACCUGCAGCAUCUUUAUAACAUGAUGAAAUAAUUUAUAUUGCAUUUGA